CAGCAGACAAAAAUUCCUUUCGAAAUGGCUGCCGCUGUCUUGGAUACUCCAACAAAACGAAGGAGCCUGCCACCAUUGAAUACAAGCGAAGCAGAAACAGCAUCACCUAAGAAGACUAAAAAGAAAAAGAAAAAUGGAGAAGGAGUAGAUGCUAGUGACUCCCAGCUUUCCAAUGUGAGUAAGCUGAGAGGUACUGUGUCAGAGAGCACAGAGGUCAGAGGUCAUACUACAACAGCCAGUACUGAAGACAUAGCAAAUGUAGGGAAUGGAAGCAAGAGGAAGAAAAAGAAGCGCAAACCACCGGAUGCACCAGAUGGCAAUGCUGAAGAAGGUGAUAUAUCGGGCCAAGCUCCAGCAAUUGAGAACCUGAAAGCUUCCCCAGGUGCUGCUAGGAGGAAAAGAGAAGGUAGAAAAUCCCACAUCCCUCGAUCGGUGAGUGAUGAAAUAGCAACAGAAUCCAACGGCAAUGCAAAACAGAAAGCAAAGAGGCCAAGAUCAAAGUUUAUACCAGAUGACAGUGCUGAUGGUGAAGAAGAGAGCGCCAAGACACCUCAGAACCGACCUCCAACAGGCAAAGCUAAAACCAAGAAGAAGAAAGCCAAACCGCUUACAUCUGGUGAUGAGAACUAUCAUGCUGAUGGUGAAGACUUAUUAUUUUCAGCUGAUGAUGUAGUAACUGGAGAGGUUCAAGUAGAGACAGCCCGUCAACCACCAGCCUCUCAAGUCGCUGUGCUUCCAAGUCAACCAGUCAAUAAACUCUUCAUGGAAAGGAAAGGUGGUUUUGCAAGUGAAGACAAGAAGCGUUUGAUCAAAAGGAGAGAUCGGGAGAGAAGAUUGCAGCAAGAGGCUCCGGAAGAAAUCAAAUUCACUACAACUCAGUGUGCACUGUCUACCCAUCGUAAGUUCCUCACCUUCACACUCCUAUGCCACGGUGUAUUAGCUGGGUAUUCAUUGUGGCAGUGCGUAGUGGUUUUCGUAUUAGCUUCAGAAUUACAAGGUUCUGGGAAGGAUGGUCAGACUCAGUUCUUGGAACAGUACAGCAGAUUAGCUCAACCCGCUUCCUCAGUUUACUACUUCUUGCUUGCCCUCUGUACGGUGUCUGUCUUUGAUAGAUUUGAUAUAGCAAGACCAGACAGACAGUUUUUUAGAGGUCUCCUCACAUUCCAGUCUGGAGCCAUUUCUAUCCUAGUUUAUUUAAUUUCGUUGAUAUUCUCAACAAGCAUAGCUGCAAUAGAUGACAGGAUAAGCCUAUUUUUGAAGUCUGAUCCUCCAUAUUGUGAACCUAAUUGCCCAGAGGAUGGUAGUCUUUGGGAUGAUGAUGAAGCUACCUCGAGACUGAACAUCUGGCGUAUUAUCAACCUGAUAAGGGCUAUUGGUGCCAUCUUAGGUUGGACUAUCAUAGCUAUUACACCAACAACAGAUUAUACUUCAGAUCAUUUACACGAUGCAGAUGUACCUUUAUGGGAAGAACAACAAGAUACAGAACUAGGGAAUGUGACAUCACAAGCAUGACAGGCAUAUUUAUGGCAGUUUAGAUCCUUGAAAGAUGCAUAUAAAUGAAGGUCAAUGAGCAUUUCUUUGAAUACCUAGAUGUUUUGCUUCUUGCGUUCCAGGGCAGGUUCUCUUCCUAUAUAUUGGAUUUCAUUGUUAGCGUGCCUAUUGGCUAUCAAUACUGUGUGUAUUAAACAGGGUUUGAAAACAUUACUAAUCUUCUAAAACCGGACACUUGUACACUAGGCCUGGGAGUAAACAUCAAUUGAUCGAAUGGCUUGCCGUCGAUCGCUAAUCGAAUAGCAAAAUUUGCACUGCUCGAAUGUUCGGCAGAUCCUGAUUAUGAUGUUGGGAUAACUCGAAUACCCAAAUAAUAGUAACAAAAUGACAAGAUAACAAUGAUGACAAAGGUUUUUUAAUACUUGAUACAGGUUUAAAAAUGAUGUUACUGAGGUAAUUUGUCAAAAAUGAACAAUAAUUGUAUCACAUUCACAGUUAAACAUGACCUGAAAGAGCUCCGAAAAUGGUAAUCCCACCCGGCCUUGCCCUCGAUGCACAAUAUAAGUCAUCGUCUGCGUGCUCAAAACAGAAAAUAAACACACAAUUACAUGUAGUUCACUUGAGCUGAUUGGACCUUCGAUAGCCAAUGAAACUUUUUGGGAAACAAAGAAGAUUAUGAAUCUGACCCCUCCCCAUUUGUGUGUGUGUGAGGGAGAGAGAGAAAGAUAGGGGUGGGAGCCGGAGAAGUCCUAUGUUUCAAAACAAUGCAACCUUUUUUAUACCCCCCUCACAAAACAACAUCCCAACACGCACCCGCCACCAUCACUGUACUUUCUCGACUAGUCUAAAAAAAUAGACCCAGUUCUACAUGAAGGUUCAAAUGAUAAAAAUUUGUAAUUUUGAAAGGUAUUUCAAAUGAAAAAUAUUUUGCAAAAUGUUUUUUGAAAUUCAUGUGUAGCAUUGUGGGCAGUGCCACAAGUGGGGGUGGGGACAUGGUGUGGGCAAGGAAUGAAAUUUUUCAAGAAGUGAAAUGCGUGCCUAAAUGCACCACCUGCUGUCAGUCUCAAAGAACACUUCAUGAAUGAGUUGUUUACUAAGACGUCUUGGGACUUUGCUGAUCUGGGCUGAUUCAUUCAUAUGCAGGGGUGGGGCACUUGGAGGGAUGCAUGCAUAAUACCAGGGUACCAGCAUUG